CUCUAGAAAACAUGAAUAUUAAAUGCAGGACAGAUGAAGAAUUGGGUGACCUCACAUAUUACUAAUCUCAAUAUGACUUUACAGUAAAAUAUAUACCUGGUAAAGAAAAUAUAGAAGCAGAUUGUUUGAGCCGAAACCCUGUAUUAGAAUCAGAAGAUAACAAGGAGGAAAUAUUGAAAAUAGUUAAUUUAAUACAAAUGAAAGAUAUAGUUGAAGAUCAAGAGAAAAAUGAAACAAUAAAAGAAAAGAAACAAAAUUUACUACAAAAAAAUAAAAUCUAUUAUAAAAAAAUAAAGAAACAUGAAAAGAUUAUACUCUCAGAAAAAUUUAGUAAAGAAUUAAUAAAAAAGGUGCAUGAAGACUAUUGUCAUAUUGGAAUUAGACAAUUACAGAAAAAAAUAAGUCCAAUAUAUACAGCUAAAAACCUAACAAAAAAUAUAAUAAAUAUUUGUAAAACAUGUGAAAUAUGCAUAAAAAAUAAAUCAAGAUGUCAAGGAAAAUUUGGGUUAAUGUCACAACUGGGACCAGCGACAAAACCAUUUGAGAUAAUGUCAAUGGAUACUAUAGGUGGCUUCGGGGGAUCUAGGUCCACAAAAAAAUACUUACACCUUUUAGUAGACCACUACACAAGAUAUGCUUUUAUUACAACUUCAAAAACACAGAACGCAAGUGACUUUAUAAAAUUAACAAAGAAAGUACUAGAGACAGAUGAGAUUGGAAUAAUUCUGACAGAUCAAUAUCCAGGCAUCAAUUCAAUAGAAUUUAAACAACAUUUGCAGGAGAAUAACAUUAAACUAAUUUUUACAGCUGUGAAUACACCAUUCUCGAACGGCUUGAACGAACGAUUAAACCAAACAAUUGUAAAUAAAAUAAGAUGUAAAAUAAAUGAGAAAAAUAAUAAGAGAACAUGGACAACAAUAGCAAGAGAAUGUAUAGAGAAAUAUAAUGAAACAGACCACUCUGUUACAGAAACCGAAGACAAGUGGAUUGCUGAUAGAAGAUUAGCAUUAGAGAAUACAAUAAAAUCCCAUAAGUACAAUAAGAAAAUAUUUGAUAGAAAUAGGAAAAUGCAAGAGUUUGAGAUAGGAGACAGUGUAUAUGUAGAAAAUGGAAAUAGACUGAAUAGAAAAAAUUAGACGAAUUAAAAAU